AUGACCGUAACCCUUCUUCGUGGACACAUCACAGAGUUGCUGUUGACUUCUCUUGUUCCGCGGUACGUCGAAGACAUUCGCGUCUACACGGACGAAUGUGCACUGAGAAAUGGGCGGAGCGAUGCGAAAGGAGGAUGGGCAGUUGUCUUCCAAAAUGAUAGGCUCUUUAAUGCUACAGGAUUCUCAGUGUCCGGCCCACAAACGAACAAUCAUUAUGAGCUGAAAGCAAUCGAAGAAGUUCUGAAAAUUGUUCUUAGUGACGGGCCCGCUUACAAUGUCACGAUUGUAACUGAUUCUCACUAUGCCAUCAAUUCGAUCACUAUGUGGAGAAAUAAUUGGAUCCCGAACGGGUGGAGAACAAGCAAUGGAACACCGGUCGCAAAUGAAGAACUCAUUGAAACCAUCUAUAGUAUGAUAGGGGAUAUGCAACAGAUAGGAGGAAGUGUCAGGUUCGAGUACGUCGUCGCUCACUCUGGAGACUGGUUGAACGAUCGUGCCGAUCGAACGGCGAAGGAUGCCGCCGAUCAGAACCCACUUGUUCCUUAUUGGUAG